AUGAAUGUUGACCAACGACUGAGAAAUCCCACUUUGAUUCCAGAAGGAAAUUUUCUUGAUCAAAGAACUUUUCCAUUCAUAGAGCCUCCUUCCAAAAAGCUACGGGAGGAUGAAAACAUACAAAGUCCAUCUAUAAGCUAUCAAUCUUCGAGGUCGUCCACAUUUGCUAAGCCUACCUACCAUGGUAUAAUAGAAGAGAAUACAACAUAUCUUAUAGAGCGUAUAAGGCCUUACGUAAAGGAAAUUGUUAACGAAAACAGACAUUGCCUAAAUGAAUACACGUUGAUUUCAUCAAUUGGGCAUGGUCAAUUCAGUAAAGUAUACAAAGCAUGCUCCCAGCUCGAUAAAUCCAUCGUGGCGAUUAAAAUGAUAUCUAAAAAACCGUGGAAUAACCAACAAUACUCAAUGAAUCAAACGAUGAGACAAAUUCAACUGUGGAAGUCUCGUGGCUUAUCGCACACGAUUACGGGUGAUGAAGCCGUCAAACUAAUGAAUGUUCAGAAGUCUAGAUGGGAAAUUUACGUUUUAAGUAAACUGUCUAGCCCGCAUGUCGUUCUGCUCCAGGAAUGUUUAGAUUCUUCUUUAAGCAAAUCUAUUUGGAUUGUAAACGAGUGGUGUAAUUUGGGUGAACUAAAAUGGAGACGAAGAAACAAUGAGCAAGUUCACUCACAAUGGGAACAGUUCUUGCCUGGUUGUAACUGUCUUUCUUUUGCAAAAAGGGCUUUAAUAGAUUUAACUCAAGGCUUAUCAUAUAUGAAAUCACAGGGCUGCAUCCAUAGGGAUAUAAAACCAUCAAACAUCCUCGUUGAUAGCACUCAAAAUUUACUCAAAAUUUCAGAUUUUGGUUGUACAAUCUUAGCACCAGAAACACUACCAUUUAACGAUGCAUUACUGAGAGAUUCUUUUAAAGCCGAACUGAACAAAAUAGUCGGUACCCCAGCAUUCAUUGCACCCGAGCUCUGCAAAUUUGAAGACCAUGCUGCAAGUAACAUUGAAGACGGAUUUAAAUUAGAUAUUUGGUCGCUUGGCAUAACGAUGUUUAGCCUACUAUACAACACAAUGCCCUUCUAUGGCGAAAAUGAAUUUGACACAUAUCAAAAGGUCACAAAUUCGUCCCUUAGAUCCAAAAUUAACGGUGAAUUUCUUAACGAUUUGGUAAUCAACAGAUUGUUGGAUAAAAAUCCUGAAACAAGAAUCGACAUAGAAGAACUAACUGAGAUCAUUUUGCCAAUACAAAAUCAAAAGAACCUCAAAAGCGAAUCCAAAAAACAUAGUAAACGUAAAACGUCGGUUCAAAACUUUCUAACGAAACUUUUUAAUGGGAAAAGUAAAGCCAAGAAUUCACCGUCAGUGGCGCAUGAGUCAUCAAAGAGAGAAGAAAUAACUCAAAACUCUAACCCAUCAGUACAGUCUUCGCAGUUUUUUGAUCCUUCCUUCUAUCCCAACAAUUCCUCCUCCUCCUCCUCCUCUUCAUAUGAUGAACCCAUUCAGGUAACCGAUUUCAUGGAACCAGCUUGUGUUUCUUUAUAUGGGGAAUCACAGCAUGAUACCGAACAGGUAAAAAGUACCAAUGUACUCCACAAUAAAUCUAACAGGCUGAAUACUAGUAGCGGAAGUGAAGCGUCAGAAUCUGUAUCAGUUCUCUCCAUAUCACCAAUUAAAAUACCGACGCCGAUCAAAGCAUUAAUACGCAUUAAAAACUCACCAAAUUCGAAAAAAAUGACUGGUAAAGCCCGCCAUAUAUCACCCCUGAAAGGCAAAAGUAGAGCAGACAAGGAGAAUGCCAAAUUGGCCCAUUCUAAUGAUAUUAUUAAUUUUCAAAAAUAUAUUCAUCCCAAAGCACAGGGCGAGGGAACAUCAAAGAAUAAAGCAACCGUGUCCACCACAGAGGACAUUCAAGAAUACCUCAAGUAUGCGGAUGACGGAUAA